UUAACCGAAUACCCCCACUUGAAAAAAUAUCUCCCGUAUUAUUUUGUUUUUUCUUUUUCUACUUUCAACGCAAAUUUCAUCUUUUUUGCAAACGGAAAAGAUCCUCCUUGGGAAGAUAUCAAUAUUCAUAUUCCGUGUUAAAUUACCGUGGCCUGCUCCCCUUACCAUUGCUGCUUUUGCUUUUUCUUCUCCUUUUCGGUUAGCUGAAGUUUGCAUAUCUUCAAGAAAAUAAAGCUCUGAUCUUUAAGGCUGUAACUUAUAUAUCAAAAAACCUCAAUGACUCUUGGUUCAGGAGGAUCUAGCGUAGUUGUCCCACGGAACUUUAGGUUGCUUGAGGAACUUGAACGUGGUGAAAAAGGUAUUGGAGAUGGUUCUGUUAGCUACGGGAUGGAUGAUGCAGAUGAUGUUUUUAUGCGUUCUUGGACUGGAACAAUAAUUGGUCCUCAUAAUGACAUACAUCAGGGACGUAUUUAUCAGUUGAAGUUGUUCUGUGACAAAGACUAUCCAGACAAACCUCCAAGUGUUCGUUUCCAUUCACGCAUCAACAUGACUUGUGUGAACCCCGAGAAUGGAGUGGUUGAAGCAAAGAAGUUCCGUAUGCUGGAAAAUUGGCAGAGAGAAUACACCAUGGAAGAUAUACUGACUAAGUUGAGAAAAGAAAUGGUUGCACCACACAACCGAAAGCUUGUUCAACCCCGAGAAGGUACCUUUUUCUGAAUGGAGUAGCCACAAGAAGUGUAUAAUGUAAGAUGGAAAUGUAUAGACUCAAUUUCUCCUGUACCCUUAAAUUGUUGCAAUUAUGUGUCCAAGUUAAACGUCAAGGGAUUAAUUUAUUGGAUCAUGCAACUGCUUUGACAACUUUCUUGACA